CUCCGUCGUCGCAGCCACGAAAGGCGCAAGACUAGCGGCGGUGUGCAGGACUGCAGCUUCCACUGCUCGCCGCCUGCAGCAGGGUGUUGGGGGUUUAGCUAGGGUUCUUCACCCUCCCGCACCGGCGGCGAUGGCCAUGGAAGGGGAAGAGCAGAUUGGCCUCGUUCUUGCCCGCGCCUCGGACCUCCGCUCCAGGAUCUCCGCCUGUGCCGCCGCCGCCGCGCGGUCCCUGCCGCGGCUGGGCGCCGGGGAGGAGGAAGACGGCGGGCAAGAAUACGACGAGGAGGAGGAGGGGGUGGGGGUGGAGAGCCUGGUCGGCAUCAACGACGCGCUCGAGUCGCUCGAGCAGCAGCUCGCAUCCCUGCAGGACCUCCAACACCAACAGAGGUAUGAGCGAGAAGCCAUCCUGGGCCAGAUUGAUCGCAGUCGAACAUCUCUCCUUAACAAGCUCAGAGAAUACAAGGGAGAGGACUGUGAGGUAAUCCAUGAGGCAGCUGCUUUUGCUGGCGAAAAAAUUGAAAAUGAUGACGGUCUGAUCCUACCUCCUUACUCGAGCCAUGUCACCAACUCCUUUGUGCUUGAUGAUCUCUAUCCUACAAACUAUGUGUCCAAGUCCAAGUGUUUGCACAACGGACUGGGUGCUAAUGCCAUGACUGAAGAUGGUACAAGGACAAACGGCCUGCAAAACAGAAGUGCUAGCACGUCGAGCCGCAAUUCACAGGGAGGAAUCAGAUCUUUCAUCGGAUGGAUGGCAAAAACAGCGGUCAUGGUUGUGGGCGCUGUAUCAAUCAUGAAGGCUACUGGCUACGAGCCCACGAUAAGGAGCAGCAUAAAACUUGACAUUGCGGGGCUGUUUGGCAAAGAGUUGACUGGUGCAAAAGAGCAGGUUCCUACUAUCCAGUGCCCUCCUGGGAAGGUAAUGCUGGUCGAAGAUGGCAGGGCGCACUGCGUUGUGAAGGAAAGGGUCGAGAUCCCCUUUGGCACCAGCCUCGCGGCCCCAGAUGCAAGCUAUGGCUUAGGUUGAAUCUGGCAGUGGCUCGUGUGAAUAUUAGGAUCGAGCUAACUAGUCCUUGGAUAUUUAUAAUAAUCCUUGUUUAGCCUUGAACAUCGCGUGUCCAAACGUUGGGGCUUGUGUAUCAUCAGCUGUUAAAAUCACUCCUUGUUAGUUCUCAUCAUGGCUAAGCCCAUGAGUAUGUAUGUGCCGAAUUAAUGUCACUAUAUCAGUGAUUUCAUUCA